UGCUCCCAUUGUCCAUUUUCCCAUGGAUACAAUUCCAGUAACAAAUAUAUGUCAUGUCAGUAAUUAAUGCGCUGCUAUUUUUCGCACUAUUCAGUUACCAUCAUAUACUAUUUGACAAUCUCAUCUAGCUCUCAUUCAAACUUGAAUCAUAAAAACUAGAAAGAACAAACAACUGUUCUUGAAGAUUUUGGUCAUCUACCAGGUAAUAUAAAUUCGUUUCAUUUCAGCCUUCGGGAAUAGUUUAGUAUCAAUCAUGAAGCAGCUUAUAGCAGUGAUAAUUGUUUUUUCAGUCAUACUUCUCGUGCUUCCAGCCUCAAAUGCAAAACUCCGAGAAUUCCUCCCUGGAAACCUUCGGCAGUCCGACGAAGCCUUCUUCCCGGAGCAGUGCGAUGGCCGUCAAUUGACGGUUUGCGAAUCUUGCGACACGAUUAAGGUAUGCAUCAGCAGCUCAGAUAACGCACUUAAUCCUACGCGUCGCUGCCCGUCGGCUACACCUUUCUGCAGAUCCCAGGAUUCGGCGAUUGGGGCGAGUUGUGGUGCCCAGCCGGAUGACCAUUGUGAAAAUUCUGGAGUCAGCCAAAAUGCAUUCAUCUGCACCGGAGCUGGAUUUUAUCCGGAUGUGAACUCUUGUCAAGUUUACCACUAUUGUGAGAGUAAAGAUUCCGAGCCGGACAGCUACGACUGUCCGGAUGGGUACAAGUACAACACCAGAACCAACUACUGCCAGAGAACGCUGUUCUCCUGCACCAGAAGUGAGCUAUGCAAUCCCAACGACCGAAGAAUAUUUGUUCCCUAUCCUGGGGAUCAAUCGUAUUAUGUGUUUUGUGAGUACGAUUACAACAACGGAUCAACCAUCUACAAGGGAGCGCAAAUCUUUGCAUGCGGCAAAGAUUCAACGUUCAACGAAAACUCGGCCACGUGCGAAUACAGGUGCUCCAGGACGGGGUUGUUCGUAAACACAGCUAAUCCACGGCAGUACUACCAGUGUUAUCGCUCGGGUGGACGAUUGAGAUACAAAACGAACACGUGCCGAGUGGAUCAGGUGUUUGAUGAAGCGGAACGACGUUGCGUGGCGGUGCCCGGUACCACUACCCCUGCACCAACAGAGGAACAGAGCACAACAAAAUCACCGCCACCGGAGCCGUGCGUGCGAAGACGACACUUUUCGGGUUAACAAAUGUUGAAGAAAUAAUGAAACAGGUGUUUAUAGGUCAAAAUAAAGUAAACUUACACAUGUUUGGUGGAAUCUUUCUGUUUUUACAUGGA